UCACAGACGUUGAGCAGGUUCAGUGAGUGAUAUCAGAUCCCAAUCACAGUCAUGUGGUGAUACAGUCAUACACACACACACACACACACACAUUCCCUCACACGCACACACACUCACACACACUAUGGCACACCCGUAUGACCCCUGGUUACGCCCUGGACCACCGCAGGAGGAGGUGGGCGUGCCCGGCUGGUGGGACGUGCACACUGGAGCCGCAGGCAGUUGGAUGGACCUGCAGGGGGCAGGACUGGGUGUGGGGGCGGGGCAAGGUGGGUCCAUGAGCCCCUACAGCCCAGACCCUCAGAUGUGCUGCCUGCCUCCCUCUAGCUCCGCCCAUUCCGCCCUGCACUACCCGCCUGAGGGUUUUAAGAUGGAGCCGCUGACGCAGGAUCUGCUGCCGCAGGCAUCACCAUCGUACCCCUCCGAGGAGCAACAGGACACCACGAGUGCAUCCGCUCGGCCCAAAUCCCAGCGUCGUGCCGGCGGCCGCGCUCCCGGUCAGGCGUCCUGCCGCUGUCCCAACUGCCUGAGUGCCGAAUCUCUGGGAACCGAUGGCAAACGCAAGCAUCUGCACAACUGCCACAUCCCUGGAUGUGGGAAAGCCUACGUGAAGACAUCACACCUGAAAGCGCACCUGCGCUGGCACAGCGGUGAUCGACCGUUCGUCUGCAACUGGCUGUUCUGCGGGAAACGCUUCACCCGCUCGGACGAGCUGCAACACCACCUACAGACGCACACCGGUGCCAAGCGAUUCGGCUGCUCCUCAUGUCCGCGGGUCUUUCUGCGUGCGGAUCACCUCGCUAAACACGCUCGCGUUCAUGAGUCGCCAUGCCAAGCUGCUGAAGAGAGUUGCGCAGCGACGCCGGUACCUGCAACAGUAGGUGGCGCCGGCGGCACAUCACUGCUCAGAGUGAAGACAGAAUCAGAAAACGACGAAGAUGACACAGCGGCGCUUAACAGCUAACCGCUAGCAAACGCUGGUUACCGCUGAAUCUUACAGCCAAUAAACAAACACCUCCAGAGGAAUACACGAGGGAUUGUUAUGAAUUCAUAUCUGUGGUGAAAACAACAUGUGUGAUCAGGAUCCAACAUGACUUUAUGCAUUUAUAAUAAUAUUUAUAAUUGUUUCUAAUUGUUUACAUUUUGGUGUUUCAUAUUCGCUGUUGUUUAACUUAAAGAUCAUGUGUUUCGCUGUGUAUUUUUAUGUAAUUGUAGUCUCUAGAUUUGUAAUAUGUUUGAUAUAGGAAUGAAUAUAACU